AUGUCGGCUAAGCCAAUAGAGGCUCUAGCGCCCUCGAGUGGCCCCAGACUUCAGUGCUACAAGUGGAACAUCCCGCUAAAGGUCCCUGGAAUUCGCGGCUGCUCUUAG